UACGAACGCCUCUAGUUCCAUAUCCACGCCUUUUUUGAUCCGUCCGACGCACCACCCACACGCCCCAACCAAAAUAGCAGCAGCCAAGAAGGACCCUCGCCGGCAGCAGUCAGGCGAGCAAGGGGUCAGCCAGCCAAGUCCGGCGGCGGCGGCGCGGCGGCGGCCAUGGCGCUAGCAGCUAACGCCCAUGGAAGAGUCUGCACCCUCUCCUCCAGGCCCCCCACACCUUUCGGCAGCAGGAGCAUGGUCACCAUGCCUGGACACCACGUCCAAGCUCCGUUCGCGGUCCGGGCCACCGCGGAGCGCGCCACAUGGCUGCCGGGGCUGGACCCGCCGGCGUACCUCGACGGCACGCUGCCUGGUGACUACGGGUUUGAUCCCCUGGGGCUCGGGGAGCAGCCCGAGGACUUGAAGUGGUACGUCCAGGCCGAGCUCGUGCACUGCCGGUUCGCCAUGGCAGGGGUUGCCGGCAUCCUCGGAACCGACUUGAUCCGUGUAUCAGGACUCGGCAACCUACCCGUGUGGUUUGAAGCAGGUGCCACGAAAUUUGACUUCGCCAACACCACAGCACUCUUCUUUGUCCAGCUUCUCUUGAUGGGAUUUGUCGAAACCAAGAGGUACAUGGACUUCGUUAGUCCAGGAUCACAAGCAAAGGAAGGGACAUUCCUUGGGAUAGAAGCUUCACUUGCGGGUUCACAGCCAGGAUACCCUGGGGGUCCACUAUUUAACCCAAUGGGACUCGCCAAGGAUAUAGAGAAUGCGAAUGAAGUGAAGCUGAAAGAAAUUAAGAAUGGGAGGUUGGCAAUGGUUGCUAUGCUUGGCUUUAUUGUGCAAGCGUCUGUGACUCACGCUGGGCCCAUUGAGAACCUUUUGACACAUCUUUCAGAUCCUUUCAACAAAAAUAUCAUUCAUGCACUAACCUUGUCUUGAAAACUCUGUCUCGAAAUUUCGCUCUUUCCCCCCUUUUUCCAUCUAAAGGUGUAGCACAAAAAAUCACAAUGAUUUGUUACAGGAAGGGUACUUCUACUCGGCUCUCUUCUUUGCAAGGUCCGAUCAGUCACAAAAACUGAAUAUGGAGCUUCUGUUGGAGGAACUAUAGGAAACUCACUACACAAUUGCCAUACAGAUGGGAUGAAAAGUUGAUUUUCUUCAAAUGCAAACAAGAUAUUAUAGUUUAUAUUGAAACAAUGAUGCUUCUGGUUCUUGCAAUUGAUCCUAGUCUGCAGUA